AUUCGCUUCCAUCACUACUGGCAGCAAUACAAUUCCUAUCGUUCUAUCGUUCUUCGUCAUCUUCGUAUUAUUUUUGCAAUUGAAUAAAGAAAAACAAAAAGUAGUAAAAUGCAGGAACAGAGUGCAGAACUAUACGAGGAGGUAAAACUUUUUCGGAAUGCACGUGAACGCGAGAAGUACGACAACAUGGCAGAUUUGUAUGCGAUAAUAAACACAAUCCAACAGCUGGAAAAGGCGUACAUUCGGGACUGCAUUACUCCACAGGAAUAUACAGCAGCAUGCUCCAAGCACCUGGUACAAUACAAAAUUGCGUUCAAGCAAGUGCAAUGCGAUGAGUUCCCCACCGUGGACACAUUUGUGAAGAAGUUUCGCCUUGACUGUCCUGCUGCAUUGGAGCGCAUACGGGAGGAUCGUCCCAUUACGAUACGUGACGAUAAGGGCAAUACCUCCAAAUGCAUUGCGGAAAUUGUGUCGCUCUUUAUUACCAUCAUGGACAAGCUUCGAUUACAGAUAAAUACAAUGGAUGCUCUGCAGCCAGAUGUUAAGGAUUUGGAUGAUAAUAUGAAUCGCUUGUCGCUCAUACCCGAAGAUUUCGAUGCCAAGCAAAAGGUGGACAAGUGGCUGGGCACCUUAAACGAAAUGCAGGCAUCCGAUGAAUUGACCGAAGCUCAGGUGCGACAAUUCCUCUUUGAUUUGGAGUCGGCCUAUGCUGAUUUCAAUAAGCUGCUCCACAGCCAAUAGUUGUUAGUAAUUGCUAUAUAUCAUUUGUAUUUACGCCUAUAAUCUACAUUCAAUUAGUAUCUAUGUAACUCUCGCAAUAAAGAUCAUAAAUUAAUGAAAA